AUGGUCAAAAUGAAAAUAUUUCAUCAAUCAAAGAAUAAUGAAAACGAAUCUAUUGAAAUGAAUUCAAUAAAUGAUCAAUCUUCGUCAUCAGAACAAAAAAGCAUUCAACAAAGAGUCUUUCGUAAAAAAUAUACUUCUGAUAAAUGGAGAAAUAGCAUGACAAAUCCACUAAAAAGUCGACGAAAAAUUCUUAGUAAAGCUUUAAUCACUUCAGGUGAUAAUUUGAUUCAAGUUAAUAAACAUAUUUCUAAUUCAACAUCAAGAAAAAAAAAGCAUAAUAAACAACAUGAUAGAAUAAUAAUAAAUGUUAGUGGUAAACAUUAUCAAACAUAUUCAUCUACACUUGAAAAUUAUCCAAAUACAUUAUUGGGUAACAAACAAAAACGAAUGUAUUAUUGGGAUGAACAAGAAGGAGAAUAUUUUUUUGAUCGUCAUCGAGCUUGUUUUGAAGCAAUACUUUAUUAUUAUCAAUCAAAUGGACGUCUUCGUAGACCAGAUUAUGUUCCAUUAGAUACAUUUUUAGAAGAAGUUUCAUUUUUUGAUUUAGGUCCACAAGCUGUUUCACAAAUAGAUAAAUCAGAAAAUGUUUCCAUUAUUAAGUAUAUUGAUUUACCAAAUUGGUUUUGGCGUCGUUAUAUUUGGUUUUAUCUUGAACAUCCUCAACAUUCAAUAUUUGGUCGAAUUCUUCAUUUAAUUUCAAUGUUAUUAACUAUUGUAUCUUGUAUUACAUUAGCUGUUGAAACCUUACCAAAAUAUAAUGAAAAAUAUACUCAUUUAUGUGACAAACAAGAAAAUACAACAUCAUCAAAUAGUACUACAUCAUUAUGUUUAGCAACAUUACCUUCACCAUUUUUUAUAAUUCAAACAAUAUGUGUAUCAUAUUUUACAAUUGAAUUUAUUUUACGUUUAAUUAGUGCACCAUCAUAUUAUAGAUUUAUUCUAUCAAUAUAUAAUUGGGUUGAUUUAAGUUCUAUUAUACCUUAUUUUAUAAUAACAGGUCUUGAAUUACAUCAUCACGAACUAGAAUUACGUGGAAGUUUGAUAACUGCUUUACGUGUAUUACGAAUAUUAAGAUUUUUACGUUUAGUAAAAAUUUAUUUAAUUUUUAGUCAAUUGAAAUCAUUACGUGUUCUUAGUUCAACAUUGAAAGAAUCAUUUGCAGAUUUUAUUAUUAUGAUUAUUAUAUUGACUUUAUUAGCUUUUAUGUUUGGAACUGCUACUUAUUUUGCUGAAGAAAAUCAUAAUGAGCAAGUUUUUGAUUCGAUUCCAAAAGCUACAUAUUGGGGAAUAACAACUAUUACGACAACUGGAUAUGGAGAUAUGUAUCCAAUAACAGUACUUGGUAGAAUAUUUGCUUGUGCAUGUGCUUAUUUUGGUGUUGCAACGGGUGGUAUACUUAUAUCUAUACUUGUUGAUCGUUAUCAACGUGUUUAUAAUCGAAAAAAAUUUUUUCCUGAACAAAUUAUACCAGCAGUCGAUCCAAAUGAAAGUGAACAUGAUGAAAAACAAGAUUUUAUAAAUAAAAGAUUAACUGAACCUAAUAGAAUCUUAUCUAAUAAACAAAUUUUACCACCGACACCAGCACCUUCAAUAUCUUCUCAAACAUAUAAUAGACAAUUUUCUAGAUAUAGUGCUUUAUCAUCUCAAAUUCAAUUUAUUAUUUCGCUGACUGGUAAUGAAACAAAUGAUCAAUCGAUAUAUCGAACAGCAAAUGAACUGUUGACUGAAUUAACACAAGCAGUCAACGAUAAUAACGAAAAUAUUAAUUUCAAAUUAAUUGGUCAUAAAAGAGAUUCUUUAAACGGCAGAAUAUCAACUGCAAAUGAAGAAUCAUCUUCUAAUUCUCAACAACAAAUAUUCUAA